AUGGGAUUGAGCGUUGUGCAAGACCUGGUCAGUCAAGGCUGGAACGUCGAGAUUGUCGACCUGGACGUCAAAAUGGGCCGUGACGCUGAGGCGCAACUGGGCCAGAAAGUCCACUUUACCCGCGCAAAUGUCGUCGAUUAUGAGCAGCAAGCGAGCGCGUUUGCUCAGGCCUGGAAGAGAUGGGGGCGGAUUGAUCUAGUUUUUGCAAAUGCGGGUAUUCUAGAUCGCACCGACUUCAGCGCCCCAGCUCCGGAGGACGACUCAACUGGUGCUCCGCCCAAGCCGGACGUCUUGACCGUCGACGUGUGCCUGUACGGCGCCAUCUGGUCGUCGUAUCUCGCCCUGCACUUCUUUCGCAAGAACUCAGACCGCACCGGCAGGCUCGUCAUCACAUCGAGUCAGGGCGGCAUCUAUCCGACGCCGCUGGCGCCGCUGUACGGUUGUGCUAAGACGGGGAUCGUCGGAUUCGUCCGCUCCCUCGGCCUGCGUAUAAAAACCCUCGGCGACCCCAUCACAGUCAACUGCAUCUGCCCGGGCCUGGUCCCCACGCCUCUGGCCAACACGGCCCUCCUGGCCGCCAUCCCCGAGGCCAUGCAGACGCCGACCUCGACGAUCAUCGAGGCCGUCAACCUCUUCAUCAACGACGCCUCCCUGUCCGGCCAGGUCGCCGAGUGUAGCGGCACCGACGUCAUUCUACGCGAGGGCCUGCCCUACGCCAACGCCGCGGCCGAGUACAUGGGCGAGGGCAAGUCGGCGGACCGGAUUGAUUUUGCGGCCGCGGUGGCGGAUAUCGGGGAGAAGGCGAGGCAGUAUGACCAGAAGUUGAGUAUGGUGGGGUAG